AUGAGGGAGUACAUCAUGAUGGCAAAUCACUAUGAGCAAGACCGGAGUGCACUUAAAAGGAAGGAAUGGGAGCGACGAAAUCAAGAAGUCCAGCAAGAUGAAGAUCUCUUUGCUUCAGGUUUUAAUCUCUUUGGGGAACCCUACAAGACAAACAAAGGUGAUGCCCUUGCAAACCGUGUCCAGAACACGCUGGGAAACUAUGAUGAAAUGAAGGACUUGUUAACCAACCAUUCCAACCAGAGUCACCUUGUAGGAAUCCCAAAGAAUUCGGUACCACAGACUCCCAUUGAUAAAAAUGAACAGAGCUUUUUUCCAGAACAAAGAAACAGGAUGAUCCCAUCUCACCAGAUCAGUGGUCACUCGUCAACAUCAAUGCCACCUCCUUCAUCCCUGUCAUCCAAUUCUGCUUUGCUACACGGUCACCAGAGCAGCAGGAAAUCCAGGACAGACUGGUCACGUGGUGGUCACAACUCUAAUGCUGCACAGCCAAGCCAAGCCAGUAGCCAACAGAGUAGGUCAAAACAUAGCUCUUCACAUGACCAGCCUCAAAGCCGGUAUGAAGACCUCUACAGUUGUCAGAGCGAGCAGCAUAAAAGUGGAGGAGCUGAAGAAGCAAACCCUGCCGCUUCAUCUUCACAUUCACGGAGGCAUAAUCAUUCAAAGUCAACAAGUAGUGAACACACUUAUAAAGAAAACAGUCAUUCAAAGUCACCAACAGAACUUGAAUUUGUAGCACAUGGUCCUGGAUCUCCACUUCCUUCUACAUCCUUGUUAUCUGCAACCAAUGGUCUUUCAACCCAGAAUUUCCCACCAGGACUGCACUGUAAAACUAGCAUGGUCCAACAAAAGCCCACAGCAUAUGUGAGACCUAUGGAUGGUCAGGACCAAGUACCGAAUGACUCGCCUGAACUUAAACCUCCGGUAGAAAUUGAGAGUGGAUAUGGAAACCAAUCAUUUGGAACGCUGUUGGAAGGAAAAGCUAAUGUACCCAGUUCUAAGAAUAAACUACCAAAGCUCCCUCAAGCUAGUGAAGUUGGCCUUCCCAAUGACUCCAGCUGUGUGGAAGAAAUAUUACGGGAGAUGACCCAUUCCUGGCCUCCUCCUCUAACCGCUAUUCACACACCUGGCAAGGCUGAGCAGACCAAGUUUUCCAUCCCGAGCAAGGUACAGGAUUCCCAGCAUCUGACCUCAGGAUACAAUGUACAAAAGUGGAAUGAGCCAGCAGGAAAGGUGGCAACCAAAUCAGUGCCACAGAAGUCAAUGCUUGAAGAUGAUCUGAAACUCAGCAGUGACGAAGAUGAUAAUGAACAGGCUGCCGAAAAGACAAAACCAAGGAACAUUCCUGUAAACGGGCUUCCUUUGCAGACCGCGCACGGCACGGGCUUGGCGCAUUCCAGCGGAGGCUCCGGGAGCUCCAGUGAAUCCGAGAGCAGCUCCGAGUCGGACUCCGACAGCGAGAGCAGCUCCAGCGACAGCGAGUGUAACGAAGAGUCACGCAACGCGACUCCAGAGCCUGAGCCUCCCUCCACAAACAAAUGGCAGCUGGAUAAAUGGCUGAAUAAAGUGAAUCCCCAUAACAAGGCCAUCAUCAACAACCAAAACGAGACUCAUAGCGAUAACAGUUCUCAGUCGCAGAGCAACCAACAGGCGGAAGGGCAAAACAAAGGGAAGCUUAAUAGCCUGCCCCAGACUGAUUCCAAAGACAGAGCGAUCCUUAGUCCCAUCCGGGAGAAAGCCAAACCGCGAGUUGCCCAGAAAACCCCAGAGGCAAAAAGUUCCAAGCAGAAGUCACCAGCUCAUAAUGAGCCAACGUCACAAAGGACUACGGGGAAAAAGCAACCCAAAAAGGUAGAAAGGACUUCCAGUGUAGAAGAGUAUAACUGGCCCAAACCAAAUAAUACCAGCACCACUCCCAAAGAAAAAGAUACCCAGGAACCUGCAGAACAGCAGAAGGUUCGGACAAAAGCAUCCGUCGGAAAGACAGCUCCCCGAAAAGAACCGCGAACGAGCACCGGGCUCGCUUCCGAGAAGAAAAAAUAUCGAGGCCCCAGCAAAAUUGUCCCAAAGUCUCGUGAAUUUAUUGAAACCGAUUCCUCUACUUCUGACUCCAAUACAGACCAGGAAGAGAGUUUGCAGGCUAAAAUAUUACCUGCUUGCAGUGGGCCUGCCAAUGGCAUCAAAGUGAAAGACUCUGGGAGUAACAUCCUCAGUGUCAGCAGUUUAACUAGCAACGGCAGCAACACAUCAAUAGACCAGACGAGCAAUGAUUUAGAGGAGCAGCUGUUUUCACCUAUCCCAAUCGUGCAAAAUGAACUUCUGUCCCCGCUGAGGGAAUACGAAGAGCUCAAAUCCCUCUGGGUGAAAAUAGACCUUAGCUUAUUGUCUAGAAUACCUGGACAAGAGCCCUUUGAGACCGCGUCAGUGAAAACCGAACCGAGAGAGGCAAGCGUGAAACACAGGCGACCAUCUCGAGAAUCCCCUACUCCGGCUGCGGUGGAAAAACCUUCUACGAAAUCCAAAAGGAAGCACAAGCAGUCUGAAAGCUCAGAUACUUAUGGAGAAAGCAAGAAGCAGCGCCUGGAGGAAACCUCAGCUUCCUGCCUACUUCCACCUUGUAUCUCUCCAAUACCCAACCACAGAUUAAGCAGCACUAAAGAGAGCAGCACUAACUCGGUUAAAAAGGCGGCUAAGAAAAGAGAAGAGAAGCUGUUCCCUCCUCCGCUCUCCCCGCUGUUGGAUGAGCCAGUACACAGGCGGCACAGCAGUGACAACUCCUUCAACCAAGAGAGUAACGUCACAAACUCCUUGCAGACCAGCAGCUCUUCCUCGUCUACAUCCAAACACAGAAAGAAUGAAAGCAAAUCCUCUGCUAACCCCAAAGGACUCUGUGAGGAAGAAUCACACAAUAGACCAGCAACAAACACACUCCCAGACACCAGCCAUCUAGAAACAGACAUCUGGUGUGCAAUGCCUCCAUUGUCCAAUGGGAAUUCUGAGUCAAGAAGACCUAAAAUAACAUUUGAUGAUGCGCUUCACAAUGCAGACUAUUACAUGCAAGAGGCUAAGAAGCUAAAGCACAAAGCGGAUGCACUGUUGGAGAAGUUCGGUAAAGCAGUGAAUUAUGCUGAUGCUGCCCUCUCCUUCAUUGAGUGCGGGAAUGCUAUGGAGCGAGAUCCAUUAGAAGCUAAAUCUCCCUACACCAUGUACUCAGAGACUGUGGAACUCAUCAGGUAUGCAAUGAGACUUAAGAAUUUCACAGGUUCAUCUGCCACAGAAGGAGACAAGAAGUUGGCAGUUUUAUGCUACCGAUGCUUAUCACUUCUCUACUUGAGAAUGUUUAAACUAAAGAAGGACCACGCUAUGAAGUACUCCAGAUCUCUGAUGGAAUAUUUUAAGAACACUUCAAAAGCCUCGCAGGUCCCCUCCCCUUGGGGUGGCAAUGGAAAGAGCACAGAAACUCCAUCUCCCAUGUCUCUCAGCCCAUCCCCAGCCAGUUCUGGUGGGAGCAGCACAGGCCCUGCUGGGUCGUCCUCAGCAGCAACCAUCACCAUCCCCGAGCGCACCCACCAUAUGGCUGCCAGCCACGUCAACAUCACCAACAACGUAUUGCGGAGUUACGAGCACUGGGACAUGGCCGACAAGCUGACUAAAGAGAACAAAGAAUUCUUUGUAGACCUGGACUCAGUGAUGGGACCGUUAACGCAGCACAGCAGUAUGACCAACCUGGUGCGUUAUGUUCGACAAGGACUUCACUGGCUCCGCACUGAGGCGCACUUGUUGUAGUGACUGCCGCCCGACUCAUAACAUCCCCAUCGUUCUACCUCUACCAGCGCACAGACGAUCACUGGUGGAACUCCACUCAUUUCUGGAACUUUAUUCAUGUAACUUCAUUUUUAUUGCCUUUUUUGAUAUCCUAUCUAUUGGAAGUAGAAGUCAUCAUAAAUGGAACUUAUGACUGAAGAGCAGUAUAUGUUGUACCAUCUAAUCAUUUUCAACAGUUUUCUAUGCCUUGCGUCUCCUGGAUCCUGCCAUCCUUAUGUGCUUUAUGGAAUGGUACAUCCCCUGCAGUAUUGUUUUAAGUCCACACUGCCUUCAAGUGAAAACAAAAAAGCACUUUGAGAAGAUAUGGAUUCCUGAGAAAUAGUACAAAACGUCUUAAACAUUUUAGGGUAUAUACAAAAAACCCCUUCUGAUACAAAUUGGUAGAAGUUAUAGCUAUUUACUCAAAAUUGUCCUCCGAACUUGGACCAAGCUGUACACUGGUUAGUUCGUUACCUGACACAGUUCACUGCUAAAAUGUCAUACUAUCUGUAGGCCUGGUCUCUAAAAAAUAACUUUAAACUUCUUACAGGUAAGAAAUUAGUGUAAGAUCACCAAAGGUGUUAGGAGGUAACAGAUUGGAACAAUGCCUCGCUAAAGAAAGACGCCACUCUAUGCAAGGAGGUUUUGAUAUUUCAUUCUAACUUUAUUGUUGGCUUAAGUAGGCAGCAGAAUGCAGUUUUUAAGCAAUUUCAAGCAUUAGAUUUCAUAGUCUCUGUCACCAUCCAUAUACUAAAUCUGUGACUUUUCUUUCCAUUCUACUGUUUGAUCUCAAACAAAUGUUCAUCCCAUACUUUCCUUGGCAAAACAAUCUCCUCUUGCAUAGUGACUCAGCAAAAGCACAUUUUAACAGGAGCGCUACACUCUAAACGUUGAUAUUGUAUGUAAAAUGCAUUAAUAAGUGUAUUGUAGACUCUAGAUGAGAUUCACUAGAAACUUACCUAACUGGCUAUUGUUGAGGCAUUUCUAAUGCUGUGUGGCAUUAAUUUACACCAGCUUGGUUGAUUUCAGAGCAUUAGAAGCAGACAGUGAGUAUGUCUACACGUGCGCAUUUACUGCGCAGCAACCAAAAUUACUGCACAGUAUGGGCACGCAUCUAUAUGUGCACGCCUAUACUGCACAGUAAAUAUGGUGAUUUACACCGACUUGAGGACAAAUUUGAUACCUGCAUCAUGCAUCAAAUUUACAUCCGAUCAAAUUACACCAGCAUCAAAUUUACAUCCGAUUAGUUACUGCACGGUAAUGCACGUGUAGAUGCCUUACUGCGCAGUAACACUAUGUGUGUGGACUAACUUGGGACUAACUUUAAUCCCUAGUCAGACCACACACAGCGUUAAUGCACUUUAA